AGCUGCUUAUUAUAUUUAUCUGCCUCUGCCCAGCACUAUAUCAAAACCAUGGAAACUCAUGUUUAUGGAUGCUAUGAUACUGGCACGAUGCAUUUGAGUUUUGUAGCUCAUGACCUUGGACUAAGUUCCCCGUUCGGUGUUGUAAAGUACUUUUCGUCUUGGGAGGAUGUAAAAAGUAAUCAGUCCAGCCCGACCGUCCGGAUCACAGAGGCUUCCUUUGGAGGAGUGGAAGCGCAAGUAUUCGAGUCCACUGCUGAAGGGCAGGAGCAGCGCUUGAAAAGAGGCGUGGUCUAUUUGCAUGGAGGUGGAUGGACACUCUGUAGCACAAAGAUGAAACCAUAUUACCUUCAGUGCAUGGCGAUGGCUGAAGAGCUGGAUCCAGUCGUAAUAUCUGUUGAGUACAGCCUGGCUCCAGAUGCACGUUUCCCAGACCAGUAUAAUGAUGUUUUUCAGGCCUCAAAACACAUCCUGACAGCUGAGGUGUUGGGCCAGUACUCUAUAGACCUGAAAAGAGUGGCUGUGUCAGGUGACAGCGCGGGAGGGAACCUUGCCGCUGCUGUGGCCCAACAGAUGGCUUUGGACAGUAGUGUUCCUAUUAAAUUUAAAGUUCAGGCCCUGGUCUACCCCGUGCUUCAAGCCCUGGACUUCAACACACCUUCAUACCAGCAGAACGCCCACAUGCCCAUCCUGCACCGUCCGAUCCUGGCCCGCUUUUGGCUGGAGUACCUAAACGGGGAUCAGACACUUGUUUCUGCUUUGCUGGCAAACAAGCACACGGCUCUGGAUCAGGGCCAGGAGAUGGCAGCGGCCAGAGCCAAGAUCAACUGGACCAAGCUUCUUCCGGUGGCCUUUCAGAAGAACUAUAAACCCGUGGUUCCGCUUCACGGAGACCCAGAGCUGCUGGAGAAGCUGCCAGGCCUACUGGAUGUGAGAGCGGCACCUUUACUUGCUGAAACUGAAGUGCUGAAGGCCCUGCCGCCCGCCUACAUCAUGACCUGUGAGCACGACGUGCUGAGAGACGACGGACUCAUGUACGCCACACGACUAAAAGAAGCCGGAGUCCGUGUCACCGUUGAUCACUAUGAAGAUGGGUUCCAUGGAUGCCUUAGUUUCGCUUUCGGGCCCUUUCGAUUUUCUAUUGGAACACGAAGUCUUAGGAACUACAUCCAUUGGCUCAAGGAGAACCUUUAAAGAAACGUACUACAGAGCCAACAUUUUGGAAAAUUAUGUUAAAUAUAUUUUGAUUUUAAAUUAGAUUUUUAAAUUUAGCAUGCAGUGCAAUAUGAAAAUGCUACAAAGAUCUGAACAGGCACAAUUUUUGUAUCAGUGGGUUCAGGAGCUGCUGUAUUGGUAUAUGAAAGGUGUUACAUACACAUUUAAAUACAGGGAAUUUAUAGUCAAAUUUAAUUUAAUCUCCAAAUGAUUUAUGCAACGUAGAGUUUGGGUACUUGGACUUGACUUGGACUUGGACUGCAAUUAGGAAUGAACUCGGACACGGACACAGUCAGGUGGACUUGACACUGACUCGAACUUUAAGUAACAAUAUAAAAUUAAGAUGACAAGACAUUAAUUAAUCUGUCCCACUUAAACUCAGUUGGUUUAGGACUUGUACUUGACUCGGACUCGACAAGGUGGACUCGGACCCAACACUAAUGCAAUGCUACUGUAUAAACGGGUAUAAAUCAUAAAUUGAACACUGAAGCUUAUAUUAUAGUUAAUUUGCAUAAAGAUAAAUACUUUAAAUGUUCUAUGUACAGUAUAUACCAAAUAAAUAAUAUAAUUUUGGUUUGACGUUUUGACAAUUAAACACUGGACUGAAACUAGUUUUGCAUAUACAUAAACACUUAAAUUAAAUGGGAUUGUGAUUAUAAUAGUAUAAGUAAAAAAUAGUAAUGUUGUCAAGGGAAAAAAGUAG